AUGGCGUCUUCAUCACCUAUGAAACCUCUAUGUACUACAUGUGGAAAUAAAGGUGUUGGUGUUUUUAAAUGUGAAGGAUGUUCACAAAUAUUUUGUCGAAAACAUUCUAAUGAACAUCGAGAUAUUCUUAUACAUCAAUUAGAUGAAAUUAUUUUUGAACAUGAUACUUUACAACAAACAAUGAUUGAAUUGAAAGAAAAACAAAAUGAUUAUCAUCAUUUAAUAGAACAAGUUAAUGAAUGGGAAAAAAAUUCAAUUAUAAAAAUUCAAAGAACAGCAAUCGAAACCCGACAAGAAAUUGAAAAAUUAAUUGUUCUUCAGCAUGAAACAACAUCUUCAAAAUUACGUCAUCUUGCCGAACAAUUACGAAAGGCUAGAGAAGAUGAUGAUUUUGUUGAAAUAGAUCUUCGUCUAUGGAAAACAAAAUUACAAGAAUUUAAGACCAAUGUUACUGCUGAUGUUCAUCCAACAGUGACUGUUCAUGAAGAUCCAUUUAUAACACUUGUCUCUCAACUAAAUAUUAAAUCAAUAACUCAACGAUCUGAAGAUGAUGAAAAACUUGUGAGAAUUUUUGGAAGUGUUCAAAUUGAUGAUAAUGGUUACGUAGCUAUUCAACGAGAUUCAACUAUAGUUUCAUAUGUUCGUGGCAAAAAUGAAUAUUCAUUUGGUAGAUACAAAAUAAAAUUCAACAUAGAUAAAACUGAAUUGUAUCAUACUACUGUUUUUGGAAUUAUUUCAAAAAUGGAAAAAUUUACACAAUGGCCAUCUUCAUGUCAUGGAUGGUCGAAUGAUGAUACUUAUUAUCGUAGUGGAAUGUAUCAUUCUAAUAAUACGAAUAUGAAAAGUGAUUUACAAGGUCAAACUUCUUUCACUAUUGAACUGUUAUUAGAUUGUGAUAAUCGAAAGAUUCAAUAUUUCAAUGAACAGACUAAAAAUAUGCGAGAAUUAAAUAUUAAUCUAGAAAAAUGUCCAUUUCCUUGGCAAAUUUUUUUCUAUCUACGUCAAAUUGAAGAUCGUAUUCAACUUUUAUAA